CGAUAGCGAAGUCCUCGUGCCACUCUUAGGCUUUGCGAUCGAUUACAUGCACAGGGUGUACCCAAUUACUGCAUCGUCGGACGCUUUUCUUCGCAGAAUAAACACAAACGUUGGUGCCGACGUCCAAGGAGAUCCGGAUGCUAUUACUUGGAGGCCGCUGCGUUUGCCCUUCUUGUAAAAUAAGCCGGUGAUCAAAUCCAGCGCUGUGUGGAUCUAGCCAAAUUCGAUCUGGACAGGCAACCGACAACGAGCGACGAUGGCGGAAUGGUGGUUCUUCACGAAAGAACGACGUCCGCUAGUCGACCUGCUGUGCAUGCUGUACGGCCUGAGUUCGUGGCUCGCCAUCACUGGUCUGUGGAUGGAGCUGCCGCUCCUCGUACACGCUCUGCCGGAGGGAUGGGCGCUCUCCGCCUCUCUCAGCCUUGCCAUCCAGCUCGGUAACGUCGGUCCGCUUUUAUACGGAGUCAGUCGGCUCGUCUGGCCGCGCAUCUGGACGGGUCCGCGAGGCCUCAGCGCGGCCAACCACGCGCAGCUCUGCAUCGGGCUAGCCGCCUGCGUAGUGCUGGUCUGUGCCUGGAAGGUGACCGCCUCAAUACUGGGCCGAGAGACCAGCUUGGUGCUCCUUGUCGCUGCGUUCGCGCUUUCCAUCGUGGAUUGUACCUCAUCCGUGGUGUACUUACCCUUUGUGGGCCGCUUCCGGGAGGUGUACAUGACCUCGUACUUGGUGGGCGAGGGGCUGGGAGGCGUCGUACCCAGCUUGGUGGCAUUGGCUCAGGGACUCGAUGAACCGGAAUGUGUCAACGAAACCAGGUCGUCCACAAUUAAAGUUGCAAUGAACUCUUCUGAGGUGGAAGAUCGUGUGGUUGCGGUGCUCCGAGUGGGGGCCACCAACUUCGACCCGGAGGUGUUCUUUGGUGUGCUGCUGCUGUUGGUAGUGCUCAGUUAUGCGGCCUUUGUUCUACUCGAUAACUGCAAAUCAUUCCAAACGGAAUGGCAGCAAGACUUUGGGCGCGAUGUGAUGCGCCACCAUCAGCUAUUUCCUGCUGCUCCAGAAGCCGUGCCACUGGAUGCUGUACCUGUUGCUGAAGAAAAGGAGGAGGUUCUGUGCAAGCAAUGCACGGAAGCGCCGCUUACCCAGCACGACGCCGAAGUAUCCUUCAAGCACCGCAACUCGAAGCAGGGCUACUACAUUACGCUCUUAGCGAUACAGACAUGGGCCAGUCUGCUCACGUUUGGGUUCCUGCCCGCAAUACAGUCGUACUCGUGCCUCCCGUACGGCCCACGCGCCCUGCACCUCUCCGUGAGCCUGUGCGGCGUCGCCUACCCCGUCGCCUGCGCGCUCGCCAUGUUUGUGGCACUGCGGCGGACGCGGCACCUCUGUGCGCAGACGCUGGUGGGCACGCUGGGUGCCGCCUACAUCACGCUGACCGCGGCCACCAGCCCCAACUCGCCGCUUGUGGACACCGACGCCGGAGCAUUCCUAGUGGUUUGCUGCUGGGUGUGCACUUUCCUGGUCCUGAGCUACGCCAAGACCAUGGUCACGUUGAUACUCACCAGCCACGGAGAAAAUGCGCUUUUCUGGGUGGGCGCCUGCACGCAGAUAGGAGCGCUGGCUGGCAGUCUGAUACCUUACAUCCUCGUCAACAUGGAUGUAUUCGCCGAGCGAGAUCACUGCGCCUUCGCCAACUAAAGACACGAACACACGCAAAAAAAAGCUAACAAAAAACAACGAGCUCUGGAAGCUUCAAGAAGCCUGGGAUUAUAGCGAGAACCAGUUGGGAUCAUCGGCUUGAGAAAUCGGUGAGAAAGUAGCACCACAGAACUGCGCGCAAAAGAAAUUCGAGAUACGGGAUUCUGAGGCAGGAAAUCGUCGUUCAUCGACUGAACUGUAAAGGCGGUUUGGACGGAUAGACAUCACAGUAGUUUUCGUCAUUGUCAGCGAUCAUCUCUCUGACAAGCGGUAGAGAAGAGGAUACCAACAUCAAACGGACAACGUCCUCCUGCUUCGCGUGAGUAGGUUCACGAAUAUCCUCAGCGUCAGGUAUUAAUGGAUGAGACCGUGGAAGAUAAAGAGGUAGUGGCGAAGUUCACUGUCGUUUCAAAAAGAACAGGGACAACCGAUGUUCAGCGGAGUAACACGCGCCCUUCGGUGCUGAAGUUCCAACGCAGCGUGACGUUACGUUCCACCUCAGGAGAAAAAUCCUUCAGGUUCAUGGCACAGCUAGAUCAUUUCAUAAUACAGCCUUCAAUAAAGAGAGGUUCCUUAAAUGGAAACUGAAGUGGUCUUGAAAUUCAAAGAAUUCAGAUGCUCUCUAAAGCUGUAACAGUGUUAUUCAACUAAUUAAAUUAUUUUCUCGAUUGUGCGUGUCCAUACGCAACA